AUGGCCGAAUUAAGUAGUAUGGAGAGGGAAUUCUCACGGGACGACAACUUGCCGGAGGAAUUAUUGUUGGAGAUCUUGGCAUGGCUACCUUCAAAAACCCUUUUGAAAUUCAGGUCUGUUUGUAAAACCUGGUGUUCUUUCAUUGAUUCGUCCAAUUUCAUUCCUUUGCAUCUUAAACGUUACAAUUACAAUUCCCAAAAAGUUACUCAUCAUCUGAUAGCAAUUGAAAGAUCUGUAGGCGAUGGAUGUAAUUUCACAAUUCGUUGUUGUGACACAUUUAACAAGAUUGCAGACCUUGUUGAAUUUCCUGAACCACAUUCAAUUUCUGGAAACCGUAAUGGGUUGAUUUUGUUGAUAAAUGGCAGAAAUUCGGUUCGAUUGUGGAACCCUUCUAUAAGAAAAUCAUUGUUUCUUCCCCAUUGUCCUUUUGCGAGUCCUUGGGGUAGAAGUCGUCGUUGUUGUGUAGCUUAUGCUUUAGGAUUUUCCCCUUCUAGUAAUGAUCAUAAGGUGCUUGCCAUUAAGACUAUUAUUCGUAGGUUUAAUGAUGAUGCCUGGAUUGCUGUAUACUCACUCACUGAUCACCUUUGGAGAAAAAAACAGAAUCCGGUGAGUAAGUCGGGUUGGGCUAUAUCGGGGUUUCGGCGUGAAGGAGGGUUAGUUUGUUGUGGAGGGGUUGUAUAUUGGAUUGAUAGAAAUCGUCAAGCUAAUGGGAAACUAUACUUGUAUGACUUUGAUGUCGAAGAAUUUAGUGUUAUGCAACUGCCUGAUGCUGUGAAAGAAAGCACUAAUAGGUUUAUUUUUGCCCAUGGCGAGUCCUUGGGAGUUUUAUUGAUGUCAUCUGAAAGUAGCUGCAUAUGGGUUUUGGAAAAAGAUGGCGGAGAGAAUCCAUGGAGGCUAUGGUUUAAGGGAGAUCCGAAUUUAGAUGCUCCCAAAGUGUUUGAUUGUUCAAGUAUUGUAUAUGGUCAAAAGAGCAAUACGUUUUUGUUGUUCAACACUCACAAUCACAUUACGAUGUCUUAUAACAUUGCAAGCAACCAAACAAGAACUAUGAUGAGUAGCCGGAUUUUUUUCCAGACUUAUCUAGAAAGCUUGGUUUUGCACAAAGAUUUUGAUGAGACUAUCACAUCUUUCCUAUGA